AGUUGCAACGUCAAACUUCGUCCCCCUUGUCGUGCCAUGCGCAUUGACGCUUGUUGUUGUGGCGCUGGAGCAGCUUGUUAUGGCUAGACGACGAGGCCCCGGACCCGACUGAGAGAGCGAGAGAGAGGCUUCCCCGCCACCCCACCCCACCCUCCUCCCCUCCUCUCCCGGCCACCCUCAUGGAGGGCACGGACAUGGACGUGGACGCGGAGCUCAUGCAGAAGUUCAGCUGCAUGGGCACCACGGACAAGGACGUCCUCAUCACGGAGUUCCAGAGGCUGCUGGGCUUCCAACUCAACCCCGCCGGCUGCGCCUUCUUCCUGGACAUGACCAACUGGAACCUUCAGGCUGCCAUCGGCGCUUAUUACGACUUUGAGAGUCCCAGCAUCAACACGCCGUCCAUGUCGUUCGUGGAAGACGUGACGAUCGGCGAGGGCGAGUCGGUGCCGCCCGACACGCCCUUCACGAAGACCUGGAGGAUACAGAACUCGGGCGCAGAGUCAUGGCCCGCGGGCGUGUGCCUCAAGUACAUCGGCGGCGACCAGUUCGGCCACGUCAACACGGUGAUGGUGAAGUCUCUGGAGCCACGGGAAGUGGCCGACGUCAGCGUGCAGAUGAGAAGUCCCGCCUCGCCCGGCAUGUACCAGGGCCAGUGGAGGAUGUGUACCGCCAGCGGCUUGUUCUACGGAGACGUGAUCUGGGUGAUCCUGAGCGUGGAGGUGGGCGGCCUCCUGGGCGUCACGCAGCAGCUGUCGUCCUUCGAGACAGAGUUCAACACGCAGCCUCAGCGUGAUGUGCAAGACGACUUCAACCCGUUCGCCUCGCCGCACAAGAACAAGCGAGACGCCGACCGCGGCGGCGAAGGCAAUGGCGAGAACACGGCGUCUCAUAAUGCCGCCAACAGGGCGUCAAACGGCCUGCGGGCCAAUCUGACGCCGGUGACGCGCGGACAGGGUGUUCAUGGACCGUAUCCCUUUGGACAGAGCUAGAAUGGCCCUCACCUCUCAGAGUCCUCAAAGGGGAGCGUGGACGAACUGUUGUUUUCUAACAACUCUCCACAAUGCCCCCCUAGCACGCGGACGGCGGCGGCAGCGGCGGCGACCAAACGUCUCACCCGCAUGUGCGAACGCUUCUUUCAGAAUUUCUUUUGUUUGUUUUUUUGUUUUGUUUUUCUUCAAGCAUCCAGGUCAUCCGCUCACCACACACUCUGGCCGUCGCCCGGACGUCUUGACAAGACGUCGGCCUUAAAAAGUCCGCACGUUCGUUCACCUGGAUUCCCCUCGUGCUCGCGUAUCCGAUUACUUCAAGGCUUACCUUACUUCCAUCUUUCUGGGCGGCGAUUGCGUCUCAAACACCCGCAUAGACAAACUCUCCCAAAGACAACAGCCACACGGGGGCCCUGCUGUGACUUCACGGGAUAGAGUGAGUGAGUGUGUGUGUUUGUGUUUGUUUUUAGGGUGGGCUUUCAAAAGCGUGCAGAAGUAAUGAGAAAGGGUUGAAUAAGCCAUGAGGAAAAAGUCUAUUUUGCCCCGUGAGUGGUUGUAUUUUUCCACGUCUGUGUGUUUUAGCUCUGUGUUUGCGUGUGUUGCAUUCAAUUGACAAAGAAAAGGGAGUGUGCUUGUGAUUGUUUACCAUUUGAAGAUUGCCCCAAACCCGCUCAUGAAUCAUCCACAUUAUUUAUUUGUAUUCUGGGUCAGCAGGUGGUGCUAGAAAUCAAACUCAAAUCUCAAGUGUGUGUGUGCGCGCGCGUUGCAAUGAAUCCAAGGAAAAGGUGACGCUGAUUCCGCUUUGAGGGAGAAUUGGGCACUGAUGUUCUUUUCCUGCUGUUUGCACAAACAAAGAAAUCUGAUGAAUUUUGUUGUUCAAUUUUUUUUCUUUUCUUUUUUUGGGGGGGGGGGGCUUGUUGUGGAACCUGGCGCAUCUUCAUCAUCUUCCGUCAUUCCCCCAACCCCGAAUAAGGUUUGUUCUGUUCACAGCUUUGAGUUUAAACACGCACCAAAUGGUUUUUCAUGGAAGCGAUUUUUAUCAUCAGUAUGUCAGUCGGAGGCUUUGAAAGUGUAUUUUUGAAUGGAGAAUAAAAUGGGAAAAGUCGGCAUGGUGCUGUGAGAGGA